UUCAAAAAUUCUGAUUGGCUCUUACGGUCUCCAAUCAGCUCGCUAGCUGCUGCAUUCCGGACACCGGAAACACUGUCCACUCAGCCUCGCUUCUUGCAGAUAGAGGGAGUUUUGAUUUACUCUGCAGCCAAAGAAGAGAUGGCAGAAUCAAAUAAUGGCUCCAAUAAUACUACACCACAGUAUCAGGAAACAUUAGACACAUCUCCUCUACCUCCCGACUCACAGCACUUUUCAAAGAUGCCAAAGAAGUUAUGUUACCAGUGUAAUGAAGUUAUGCCUCUGCAGAUGCUUGCAGUACACAUUAAUACGUGCAAAGGAAAAUUCUCUCCUGAUGAGACUGAUGAUGAGGAAUCUGAGUUAUGCAUUGUGAAAAGCAAAUGCAAGGUUAUUUGUCCAAUAUGCACUAAGGACUUUCCUGAAGAUGAGAUCACAGUCCACGCAAGUCUGUGUGUGGAUAGCUUUCAAUGCAUGGUGCCUGAAGAAAAUGACCAAACUACAUGCACACCAACUCAAACUUCAGUAUGCACAACAGACAGCAUGGAAGAUGUAUUGCGUUGCCUUGAACAACAAGUCGACACCACAACAGAAUUUAAGUUGUGUGUGGACAGAGAAGACCUUCCAGACAGAGGCAUUCUCCAGUGGCAGAGAAAAAAAUCUGCAUCUCCCACCAGUGUUCUUAGGGUGGUUUUCAUUGGAGAGGCAGGCGUGGAUACAGGAGCACUUAGGAAAGAGUUUUUGAGUGACAUGAUUUCAGGUAUUGAAAGCAGAUUCUUUGAAGGACCUGAGAACAAGGGCAAAAACCCCAAGUAUUCUCUGACCGAUCUUGAUAAUGAAAACUUCAGAACUGUUGGUGAAAUAAUUGCAGUCAGCCUCGCCCAAGGAGGCCCAUCUCCUGCCUUUUCAAAGAAUGGUGCUACAAUUUCCUCUGCUCAGGAGAGGUUGAUUUCAGCUGUCUGUCUAAGGAGGAUGUUGCAGAUGUGGAAUCUUCCCUGCUCAUCAGCAAAGUUGAAGAUGCAGCAGACAUACAGUCUCUGAUGUUGUGGGCUGAUGAAAUUGUCACCUGUGGAUACACAAACCAGAUAAAGAUGGAUAGUAAGGAAAGCAUGA